UUUCUCUUUUUUCAAAAAUAUCAUUUCCUUUCCCCCUUUUUGCUCUUUUCUUUUCUUUCAUUUUCUUCAAUAUCCAAUUUAUUAUGAGAAUAGACUCUCUUGCAACCAUCGCCAAAAGAGAAACGUCGACCUUGUGCUCCACGACAGAAUGCACCCAGGCCGCAGAAUCAAUAUUAGCAAGUAUUGACUUUAAUGUUGAUCCUUGUUCGGAUUUUUAUCAAUAUACUUGCGGCAGUUGGUUAAACCAAGCGGUCAUUCAACCAGAUCGAUCAUCUGCUGGUACAUUGGAUAGUGCAAGUGACGUCAACAUAGCAGUAAUGAAGGAAAUCCUUGAGGGCACGUAUGAUGAUGUGUACAAAAACCUUACCAGCAAUACCAACGGCUUCCACGUCGAGGACCAAGAAAAAGCAGACAAAGAUAAUUUUGAUACUUUGAAAAAUUAUUACGACCUCUGCAAGGAUUUGGACCGAGCCAAUGCUUUAGGUCCAACUCCCAUCUAUAAAGAUGUGGCCACCAUCGAAAACGAGCUUACGCCCGAAAAGCAAGAAGAAAACGGAGGCCUAACCAAUGCUAUUAGUCGAACAAUAACUCUUUUGCAGAAACUGGAUAUUGACAGCUUAAACGUAAUGACAGUCGAUACAGAUGACAAACAUCCUGAUAUGAAUAUUAUUGUAUUUGACCAAGUCAAAUUAGGCUUGCCAUCCAAAGAAUAUUACGAAAAUGAAGAUACGCUGAACAAGUAUAAGAAUGGUUUGACCGAUAUACUGACAAAAGUGAUUGGCCAGUAUUCCAAUGGAACAGAAGAUGAUGCAGUGCGUGAGGAUGCAAGUGCACAAGUCGGAUUUAAGCGAUGGUCCGAUGAUAAAGUGCAAAAUGCUGUGGAUCGGUUCAUCGAAUUUGAGAAACAGCUUGCAAAAAUAGCCUUGAAAGCCGAUGAAAUGCAAGACCCUGUUCAAUUAUAUAACCCUAUGAAGCUGUCUGAAUUCCAAGCACAACACAACAAAAUUGAUUGGACUUCUAUUAUCCAGGCACUCUUACCUUCAGAGAGCAAUUUGCAGUCAUCAGAUACCACCGUCAUCGUAAGAACGCCUACUUUCUAUGAUCAGUUAGAAAAACUACUUUCAUCCUCCUCCAACGCAGUGAAUGCAUCGGACGACGAAGAGGAGAAAAGCAAUUAUACCGUGUCACCACAGACCCUGCAAGAGUAUUUUGUCAUUACUUAUGUCCUUAGUAGAACUUACGCAUUAGACGAUGCCUCUCGUGCCGCGUUUCGUAAAAUGCGUGGCGAGAUCGUGAGCGGCACCUCCGUCGAACAGCCACGAUGGAGGAUGUGUGUUAGUUACACUAGUCAAACGUUCCCAGAAUCUUUGGGCCGCUAUUACACAUUGAACAGAUUUGGUAGCGAAGAUGAAAGACAAAAAACAGAAGUUUUGUUGACGUCCAUCCACGAUGCAUGGAUGCAGAAGCUGGAGAAAGAGAUAGAUUGGCUUGACGAAACCACAAGAAAGAAAGCUAUAGAAAAGGUUCAACUUAUCAAACAUAAAGUUGCUUACAGUACAGUCACGCCUGAUGUUCGUCAACCUGAUUCGAUCAAAGAGUACAAUGAUGGACUGUAUGUCGACCAGAAGAGCUUCUACGACACAGAAAAUGUAAGUGCUAUGUGGAAUAGCCGAAAGACAUGGAAUAAGUUUGGACGCAAAGUCGAUAAGGAUGAAUGGUACAUGUCGCCGCAGACGGUGAAUGCCUAUUAUUCGCCCAACUCGAAUGAGAUUGCUAUUCCUGCUGGUAUCCUGCAAUCUCCUCUUUAUAACGCUAAGAGUCCAGCCUAUUUGAAUUACGGUGGUAUAGGCUCAGUGAUCGGCCAUGAAUUAACUCAUGCAUUUGAUAGUUCUGGUAGAAAGUAUGACGGUAAUGGAAACCUUGUAGAUUGGUGGACAAAUACAACAGCAGCUCAGUUCGACGCAAACAGUCAAUGUUAUGUUGAACAAUACUCUCGGUUCACUGUCUUGGGAGCGGAUGGAAAGCCUAUCAACGUCAAUGGCAAGCUGACUUUGGGUGAGAAUCUUGCGGACAAUGGCGGGCUUUCAGCGGCCUUAUCGGCUUACAGAAAUGCAACAGCAGGCAAAGAAUCAGAGACUCUGCCUGGGCUGGAAAAACUAUCGCCUGAAGCGCUUUUCUUUGUCAAUUAUGGUCGUAACUGGUGCAGAAUACAGAGACCAGAAGUGGCUGUCCAAAUGAUUUAUAUAGACCCACAUUCACCAACAAGGGCUCGUGUAAAUGGUGCCAUACAGAACAAUCCAGAUUUUGCAAAGGCGUUUAACUGCCCGGUGGGUAGUCCAAUGAAUCCCGAAAAGAAAUGCAGCAUGUGGUAGGAAGACUAUCCUGCACCAAUAAACAGUUUGUACUAUUUGUUUCUAUUUUCUCAUCACUUUAUAAUAAACAAUUUGAUAACACAUCAUUCUAAACUUAUACAUUUUUGACUUUAAUAAAACUUGAUUUUUUUUUUCACCCC